AUGACCCGCCCGUAUGACCUGAUUGUAUAUGGCGCCACGGGUGACCUGGGCAGACUAGUUACUCAGUACCUGUGGGCGCAGCAGCAUUCAGCGCUCCGAUGGGCAAUUGCCGGGCGCAAUGGCGUCAAGUUACGAACAUUGGCCGGCUCCUUCCAGGACGCUGAUCCAAAAUGCACGGCUCCUGAGGUGGUCGUGGCCGCACUCAAUCAGGAAGAGCUCGAGCACAUGGCGUCACUGACAAGGGUCGUGCUCAACACGGUUGGGCCAUUCUGUAUACAUGGCACGCCCGUCGUCGCGGCCUGCAUCCGGCACUCGACCGCAUAUAUUGAUUCAAGUGGUGAACAUGUCUGGUCACAUUACCUAGCGACUGAAUAUCACGAUCAAGCUGUAGCAAGAAACGCGAUCAUCAUCCCCCAUUGUGCGAUUGAAUCAAGCCCGCCCGAUCUACUAGCACAGAUGCUCGUGCAAAAGCUUCAACGUCCCGCCGGACCUGUCGUGUUUACCAUUGAUCACGACUCCGCCGGCUCCAGUAGCGGGACCAUAAACUCCGUCGUCACCAGUCUAGCGGCCUACUCAAUGCGACAGAUAAUGACCGCAAGCGCCGCGCAGGCAUUCUGCGUCGCAGGUGCAGGACCACAUCGGCCCUAUACAGCACCGCUGGUUCCAGUGCGUCGGGAUCCCUUUCUGGGUAAUCUGGAGUUCAAUCUCUCUGCCACUACUGACGAAGCAGUCGUCAUGCGCAGCUGGUCACUUCAUCAACGAUAUGGAAAGCGCACGGAACAGUACGGAGAGCGAUUUAGCUUCCGGUCCUAUGCAACGGCACGGAACUGGCUACAGGGAUGGUUUUCAUUUUUCAAGAUAGGACUAGCCACAAUUCUCGCGAUCUUGCUGCCGCCGCUACGGUGGCACCUGAUGUCGCUCGCUCUGGGUCUAGGGACAGGUCCACAUGGUUCUCCCACGGGGCGGCACUUCGUGGAGUGGAGGGCGACGAUUGCAGAUGGUGCGGGCAAACCCGCUAUGAUGGGUGUUCUCCGCAUGAAUACGGACGCGUAUAGUGCCUGCAGUGUGCUUGUCAGCGAGGCGGCACUGACGGUUCUGCACCAGCUAGACCGGGAGAAGAGCGAUUCGCUGGCACAGAGACUCGGGGGAGGUAUCCUCACCCCUGCGGCGCUGGGACCCGAGUUUCUGGAGCGCCUGCAGGCUGCGGGGAUGGAGAGGACGGUGAUCAGUCUAGAGAAAGAUUGA